AUGCCCAUUGGUAUGUCACCUUUUCGGUUGGUGCUUGGGAAAGCAUGCCAUCUUCCAGUUGAGUUAGAACACAAGGCUUUUUGGGCAAUCAAGAGUUUUAACAUGGAGAUGGAUGAAAGUGGAGAACACAGGAAGUUGCUACUACAAGAGUUAGAGGAAAUUUGCAAUGAUGCCUAUGAGAAUGCAAGGAUUUGCAAGGAAAAGACGAAGGCUUUUCAUGACAGGAUGAUCUCUAGGAAAGAGUUUAAAGUUGGUCAAAAAGUCCUUCUAUAUAAUUCACAACUUCGUUUGUUUCCAGUUACUUCGAAAGUGUUCAAGGUGAAUGGCCAUAGACUUAAGACUUUCUAUGAAGGUCUCCAAGAAGAAAAUGUGGCAGGAUUGGACCUUGAGGAUCCAACUUAUUCAGAUUGA